AUGGGUUUUCAAAUUCGAGUUCUUAUGAUAUUGGGCAUGUCCGUAUGCCUGGCCUCAGUUGUACAUGCUAAGCAGGGAACUUCUGUUUUCUAUUCUCGACCUUACCUUCCAUCAGCAUGCUUUGGCUAUCAAGACCAAGGCAUCAUGAUAGCAGGAGCUAAUCCUACAUUGUACGAUGGUGGAAAAGUAUGUGGAAGAAGGUAUAAGGAUGCCGAGCCAACGAGAUUAAUCUCUCUCAAGAUGCCUUCUCCAGGAUUGCUAACGUUGAUGCCGGAAGAGUCCGAGUUGACUAUAUCCAGGUUUGAGGAGUCUGCAAAAUCAAAACACUUCGAGGCUGUUCUAAAUAUGCUUUUUAUAGUGCAGCUUAUGCAAAAUAUAUAUGAGUACAAUAAGAGAACUGUGACAAAAAACGAUUUUAAUAUUCUGUCAACUACAAUAAAAUUCAGGAUGCGUGGGAGUUUGACAAGUGUAGCUCUUGAUAUCUUAAUGAAAUUGCAAAGUUUCAUGUAA